CUGGACCCGUUUCCCUCCCUGUCCUCCUCGCCCCUCAAGCUGACGCAGAACCCCAGGCACCUGCCCCCUCUCCCCCACCCCCACGCCCACCCGGCGCCCAGCGACUCGCCCCCUCCGGCCAUGGUGUCCGGCACAGAGACGGUGCACUACAUCCACCUGCACAACGCCAGCCAGUCGGUGCUGGAGGCCCUGCGCACGCAGCGGCGCGAGGGCCUCUUCUGCGACGUGACGGUGCGCAUCCACGACGCCUCGCUGCGCGCCCACGCCUGCGUGCUGGCCGCCGGCAGCCCCUUCUUCCAGGACAAGCUGCUGCUGGGCCACUCGGAGAUCUCGGUGCCGCCGCUGGUGCCGGCCGAGACGGUCAAGCAGCUGGUGGACUUCAUGUACAGCGGCUCGCUGGUGGUGCUGCAGUCGCAGGCCCUCUGCAUCCUCACCGCCGCCAGCAUCCUGCAGAUCAAGACGGUCAUCGACGAGUGCACCCAGAUCAUCUCCCAGCGGAAGGCGGCGGCGGGGGCGGCCAGCGCGGCGGCGGCUGCAGCUGCGGCCGUGGCGGCGGCGGCGGGGGGCGGGGGAGGCGGCGGGAUGCACGGAGGGGUUCUCCCGAAGCAGGAGGAACGCGGUUUGGCCAAAGGGAGGGACGGCGGCGGCGGCGGGAGCUGCUCCGUUAGCGCCGGUGGCGGAGGAGGAGGAGGGUACGCCAACUUCUCCAGCUUCAUGGCGGAGUGCGGGGCCAGCAACAUGGGCGGCGGGCUGGGCGGCGCCGCCGUCAGCGUGGGCGACGGCGGCCCGGGCCCCAUGGACCAGAGCGGCGCCGUCAGCCUGAUGGCGCUGGGGGACAUGGGCGCCGGCGCCAUGUGCGGCGGCGGCGGCGACGGAAUGGGCGCCGGCGCCAUCCUCAUGAAGCAGAGCCCCGGCUGCGCCCAGGACGUGCGCUACAAGCUCCGCGACCUGCUGGCCCAGACGGCCAACGGGGCCAGCACCAGCGGCGCCGGCGCCGGCAGCCUCCCGGCGGGCUGCAGCCCCCGCGUGGCCAGCGUGGACAGCAUCGGCAGGGACGGCCUCCGCGGCAACCCGGCCGACCUCUCGGACGAGCUGGUGGGGAUGGACCGCUACAGCGAGGAGGAGGACCUGGAGGGGAGGGAGCGAGGGAGAGACGGAGACAGAGACAGGGGAGCGAACCACAGCCGCAAGCAGAGGCAGCCGCUAAGACUCCAGGUGCUGGGAGGAGAGGGAGUGGUGGUCAAAGAUGAAGGCGUGCAGGAGGCGGAUGGGAACGUCUAUUCCUUGGAGGAUGGGAGGCGAGAUCAAGAGCAGGAGGGCGCCCAGGAAUCCAUGGCAACCUUUGGCCAGGAUUUCUACGACGAGCAGGGAGUUUUUUCCGAGAGUUUCUGGCCACAGAGCGAGCCUGUCCAGGCUAUGGCUUUCAACCCCAGAGGAAGGGUUAACAAGCCCCUGACUCCACCUCCAACCACUCAGUCCAUCAACAACCAGCUUCUGUUCCAGUACCCCGUGAGCCAGUCGCAGUCGGCCCCCUUCUACGUCGGCGGGCCCAUGCCGGGGAUGGACAGCAUGCCCGGAACGGAGCCCGGUCAGCAGCAGGCCCCUCCCCCCGCCCCCCUGGCCCCCGCCCCGCCUCCCUCCACCUCCUCCUGCUCCGCGGGGCCUUCGCCAUCCUCCCAGGGAUCCGAGACCUCGUUCGACUGCACACACUGUGGAAAAUCUUUACGUUCCAGGAAGAACUACAGCAAACACAUGUUCAUCCACUCGGGUCAGAAACCUCACCAGUGCUCCAUCUGCUGGCGCUCCUUCUCCCUGCGGGACUACCUCCUCAAACACAUGGUGGUGCACACCGGCGUCCGGGCCUUCCAGUGCACCAUGUGCGGCAAGCGCUUCACCCAGAAGAGCUCCCUCAACGUGCACAUGCGCACCCACCGUGCCGAGCGCACCUUCCAGUGCAACGUGUGCCACCGGGCCUUCACCCACCGCACCCUGCUGGAGCGCCACGCCCUGCAGCACGCCCACCACGCCCCCCCGGCGCCCGGCCAGGUCCCGGGGCGCGGCGCCGACCUGACCUCACCCACCAAGCACAGUCCCCCGGCGAUGGGCGGGCCCUCAGGGAUGGCCGGGGCGGCCGGCAUGGUCGGCAGCAUGGCCAGCAUGCCCGGCCACGGAGCCUCCUCCACCUAA